AACGACCUGUAUCUGUACUGUCUAACCCCUACCUGCUCCUCAAUGACCUGGCUAUGUACUGUCUAACCCCUACCUGCUCCUCAAUGACCUGGCUAUGUACUGUCUAACCCCUCCUAAUGACCUGUAUCUGUACUGUCUAACCCCUACCUGCUCCUCAAUGACCUGUAUCUGUACUGUCUAACCCCUACCUGCUCCUCAAUGACCUGGCUAUGUACUGUCUAACCCCUACCUGCUCCCAAUGACCUAUCUCUGUACUGUCUAACCCCUCCUAACGACCUGUAUCUGUACUGUCUAACCCCUACCUGCUGUCUCUGAAUUGACUCUUGAUUGAUCUUCUACUAAAUUAGGUGAUAGUUGAUAGAGUGUGAAUAAUGAACAAUAGUCUGGUUGAGGUGCAUUGUAUUCUGACACUUUUUCAGAAGGGCCUGUCAAUCAAAUUAUGUCAGAACUUUCCACUCUAUUGGAAACUGUAAUCUGUCAGCACGCAAAUGUUUGUGUGUGUGUGUGUGUGUGUGUGUGUGUGUGUGUGUGUGUGUGUGUGUGUGUGUGUGUGUGUGUGUGUGUGUGUGUGUGUGUGUGUGUGUGUGUGUGUGUGUGUGUGUGUGUGUGUGUGUGUGUCUGUGUGUGAGGGUGCACUUCCUGAUGUGACCUUGUAUCUAAUCUUUUGUUGUCACAGGACAAACAACACAAUUGUAGGAUCAAGUCUGAGAGGAGAAUCUGAGGCCUGAAUUACUGUGGUUUAGUUUUUUUUACUAACUAGUCUGUACUAAUAAUAGGAUAUCGUUUAACUUAACUAAUACUAGGAUAUAUCGUUUAACUUUACUCAUACUCUGAAAUCGUUUUACUUUUCUUUAACAUGAUAUAGUUUUAUUUACUCAUUCAUAUAUGUUAGGGUUAGGACUUAUCACCUGAUCUCCCAGCGGGACGUCAACUACAGGUGCGAGGAACGGGCGAGAGAGAGAGAGAGAGAGAGAGAGAGAGAGAGAGAGAGAGAGAGAGAGAGAGAGAGAGAGAGAGAGGGAGGGGGAGGAAAACACAGAGAGAGCGAGAGAGAGAGAGAGACAGAGAGAUGUUCUGUGGAUUCUGUGUCAAUACAUUAUUUCCAUCUGCUCCAAUUCACGGGGAAGGGAUCUGAUCGAUACAAGCGACCUCUCUCUGAAUCACAUGCACGCACGCACGCACGCACACACACACACACACACACACACACACACACACACACACACACACACACACACACACACACACACACACACACACACACACACACACACACACACACACGCACAAACACGCACACAUACGCGAGCUGUCUCUGUAUGCGUCCCUCCUCGCGCCGGCGGGCGGCGGCUUGGUUGCUCGCGUUGCCGGCGGGAAGCGGAGGAGAGCGGUGCGCGCGACGCGGGCGGCUGGAGAUGAUCUCUUUCUGGCUGCUGUGCUGGAAGCUGCUGAGAGCCACCGCAGGACUCAGGAGGAACGCUGGCGAACUGACAGACGGUAACCAGGACGACGGUAACCAGGACGACGAAAACCAGGACAACGAUUACCCCAGCAACAGCCUUGCUGUCAACGGAUCUCCUCCUCCUACAAACUCUUCAGAGCCUGUCGCCAUGGAGACCAUGGCAUCCUCCCCACCACCUACACCAGAGACAGAAACACACACGCUGAUUGGCUGUUUCCCAGAAGGCGGAGGGGCACAGGAAAUGAUGAGUGAUGAGAAGGAGGGCGGAAGGGAGGGAGAAGGAGAGGGGGAGAAGGGGGAGGAAGAAGAGGUUCAGCAGGUAGAGAAGGUGGAUGAAGAGGAGGGGGUGGAGAGAGAAGUAGUGAUGGAAGGAGAGAUGAAAGGAAGUGUAGAGGAGGAGGAGAAUGGAGGGACGGGAGAGGGGAAUGAGGGAGGAGGAGCCGAGGAGGGAGUCCAAGGAGAUGAGGAGGUGUUCGCCUCAGGUCCCUCCCAGCUGCUCCUGUCAGCCAUGUUGGGGCGGAGCCAGGACCAGGGAGAUGAUCCUAGCCAUGGUGACCCUUGCCACGCCCAUCAUAGGGUCCUCCCCCUUGACGAAUGUCAUCCUGGCGAUAGCGGUCAACCUAAUGACGGUCUCCCUAGCAACGGUGGUCCCCCUAGCAACGGUGGUCCCCCUAGCAACGGCGGUCACCCUAGCAACGGUGGUCAGCCUAGCAAUGGCGGUCACCCUAGCGACGGUCACCAUACUGAUGGUCACCCUAGCAACGGUCACCCUAGCGACGGUCACCCUAGUGACGGUUACCCUAGCGACAGUCACGCUAGCAAUGAUACCCCUAGUCACGACGGUCCCCCUAACGAUGGCCCCCCUGGCGACGGUCACCUUAGCGACGGUCACCCUAAUGACGGUCAUCCUAAUGACGGUCACCCUAGCGAUGGUCACCCUAGCGACGGUCACUCUAGAAAUGGCGUUCACCCUAGAGAUGGUCCCCCUAGUGACGGUCACCCUAGAGACGGUCACCCUAGUGAUGGUCCCACUAGUGUCGGUCACCAAGCAGAGUUAGCUCCUCCCCAGGAUGACGGUCACCUUAGCGACAGUCAGCUUAGCGACUGCCUGCAGGCGGAGCUGGCUAUGGUGACAUCAGACAGCGACACAGGGGAGGACCAAUGGGAGUCCUCCGCUCCACAUGACAUCAUAGACCAGGAUGUAGGGGUCGUCUGCAGCUCAGAGAGGGAGGAGGGAGAAGGAGAAGAGGAGGAGAGAGGGAGCGAGGGGAGGAGAACUCAGAGGGAAGGAGGGAGUAUGGACAGGGGGGAAGAGAAGGAAAAGGAGGCUGGAAUACAGGAGCCAAGCGAGGAGAUGGAGGAGGAGAGGAGAGGAGGCAGGGAGCAGCAGGAGGUGCAGAGGAGGCAAGCGAGAGAUGUCCUCCUCCGCUCUCCCUCCGUUAGCUCCUCUGCUAGCUCCACCGACACAGACAGGAAGCUCCCUGCAGACUUCUGUGUCCUCCAGGAGUCGAACAGCGAGAAUGUCUUCACUGAGCACCUGGACUUCCUGUUGGCACGGCAACAGUGGAGGAAGAUGGAGGAGGAGGUCAAAGGCAAGCCCCUCCCCCAACCAAGUGGGAGGAGUCAAGGAAGUGUCCAGGGGACACACAGCUCGCUAUACCCGCCCACACGCAGUCCCCACAUCCAACGCAGGGCGGGCCCCCAGCCGGCCUCCAAGGAGCCCCCCGUCUCCUCCAGGGAGACCCCCGUCUCCUGCAGCCUCUCCCCAAGCUCGGAGGACUCCGGGAUGGAUGGGAUGGAUGACCCGCCGCCCCGUGGGCCCCCGGAGGAGCCGGAGAGCGCGGUGGAGCGGGAGAUCCGCCUGACGCUGGACCGAGAGGAGCGCCACCGCAGGGAGCGGGGACGGCUGGCCCAGGGCCCCGCGGCCCCCCGACCAAUCAGUCUUCAGACCGGGCGAUCGCCCCCCCGCCCCCCAGCCUGCCGCACCCCCAACCUCGCCAUCUCCCCCAUGCCCGCCCCCCUCCCCUUCUCCCCCACAACCGCCCCCCUCCCCUUCUCCGUCUCCCCCGCCCCCCUCCCCUUCUCUGUCUCCCCCGCCCCCCUCCCCUUCUCCGUCUCCCCCUCCUCCCUCCAGCGCUCCAUCUGCCACGAGUUGACCGCCAACAACGUCAUCAUCCUGGAGCCAGACUCCGCCCACUCCAGGUCCCGCCUCCUCUCCCCGGGGGGCUUCAGCGAUUGGUCGCUGAGGCCCUCUACCGACGUCAUCGUCGUGGAAACGGCUAACCUCAUCAUCCGCAGCGCCUCCGAGUUCUGCCUCAGCUCCAUCCCCGUCGCUACGGAGACCCAGGAGUCCACCUUCUCCUCCAACCCCUUCUUCAAGCUGCGCUCCCUCAGCAGCCAGUCGCUGGUGGAGCAGGAGAUACGGCUGGUGAGGCAGCGGGAGGAGGAGUGGAGGAGGAGGAGAGGAGGAGGAGGAGGAGGAGGGGAGUGGAGGGGAGGGAGGGAGAAGGAGAGGUUUGACACGGUGCUGGUGUCCCCCGGGCUGAACGACAACAUCACCUUCAACGUGAUAGAGGUUCCAGACAGAUGUGUCUCUUCUCCAUCCUCCCCCUCCAGAACCCGCAAAAUGGAACGGUCCAGCAUGUCUUGUGACCACAAGUUCCCCCCUGCCCUGUCUACAUUGCCACGGCGACAGAAUGCCAUGGCACAGCGAUGGGAGGCCAACCUGUUAGCCAAUCAGAAAAAGGAAUGAACCUGGAGGGCCAAUAGGAAGCAAAGGGAGGAGCCAGAGGGAGGAGCCAGAGGGAGGAGCCUGCUCUUGUCCUCUGAGCCUCGGUUUGGAAGAGAGAAAAGAUUUGUUGAAUGCAAUGAGGCCACAAACCAGAACCCAGAAACACAGGUUUAUUUAGGUACUUUAGCUCGGAGAUGGCAAUCUGGAAGACCUCCGCCCCUCUGGCACCCCCUGUGGUGACAGAAAGCAGCACCCCGCUACGGGUUGGCUGCGGUGGCUCCGCCCCACAUCUCUGGACCAACCGCUGCCGGGCGGCGGGAUCACUUGGCUGACAUGGCCACCUGUGAUCUGAGGCAGGAAGCCCCGCCCCCCACAAGCUCAUCACCGUGGUAACACUCCCUUCUAGAGAGACACUUAACACACGUUCACUUAAACUACAUUCCUUGGAGGUCUUCCAGAUUGCCACUUAAAGUCUUGGGCUUUUGGUAUUAAAAAUGGCUUUACAGUGUCUAUGAAACUAACCUUAACUCUCUCCCACCUCCCACUUACCUUAACUCUCUCCCACCAUCACACUUACCUUAACUCCAACCCUCACACUUACCUUAACUCUCUCAACCCCUCACACUUACCUGAACUCCCUCCCACCCUUACACAUACCUUAACUCUCUCCACCCCUCACACUUACCUGAACUCCCUCCCACCCUCACACUUACCUUAACUCCCUCCCACCCUCACACUUAACUGAACUCCCUCCCACCCUGUCCAAGGGGCUGACCCAGUACUUAAGUCUCGACCCUAAAGGCUUUUUUUCUAAGGAGACGUAUAGGGGCCAUUUUGUUUUAAUCACAACUUAUAGAGCACGUCUCUAAGGGGACGUAUAGGGCCCAUUUUGUUUUAAUCACACCUUAUAGCACGUCUGUUAUGGCGCGUUUCCACUGCAGGGUGCGGAACGGAUCGGAUCGCAAAGGUGCGGGUCGGGUCGCGUUUCCACCGCCAAAAGUGGGCGUGACCCGGACUUUGCCGUACCCGUUCCGGCCCCGUUCUCGGGACUCCUCCGUUGGGGUACCGCAAACGAGACGAGACGCCUGAAAGGGUCCCGUGAAAUUCUAGCUACACCCCCCCCUCCGUUGAUUGGUCAACAGAAUCGUCACUUCCGGGUGACGCGGGGAUAAAAACAAACGAACAGUAGCCUCGAGGUAUUAUUCUUUACAAUUAACUUGUCGCGUAAAAUGCUUGCUUGGGCGAACAAGGAGGUGGAGACGUUCGUCUGCAUUCUUGGGGAGGAAGACGUUUUUUACGAUGUUUACGUAGCUGCCGCGGCGAUCGACAUCCGGCCUACCACAAAGGGUACUGUCGGCAGUGGAAACGCGACCUCGGAACUGAGCUGGGCUAUACCGCCCCCUCCCUACCGCACCUUUGCGAUCCGAUCCGUUCCGCACCCUGCAGUGGAAACGCGGCAUAAGGGGACGUAUAUGGGGCCACUUUGGCCUGUUGUGUCCGGGUAUUUUUGUACAUCCAUGACAUGAGUGAUCAUAUAAACGAUGACGUAUUGAGUGUAAAUAGCUGCUAAGGUUGGACUGAUUAAGAAAAAGACACUCACUUAAUAUGGGCUGUACCAUUUCCAAUUAAUAACCUUCAGAUUAAUAACUUAAUCCUGAUGAUUAUUUCUGUCUGGACUACUUCUUUGUACCCGGAAGUCAUUCCUGUUGUAAAAGGAUUUAAAUGAGCCAUAAACGUACGUUAACAUCAACGUACACUAAUAGGUCCUGGGUCUCGCUGUCAAUUUUGGUGAGGAGGUGUGUCCUGGGGAAGGAAUCUGUUGGGUUUCCUCUGGCUUUUGCUUUUCCAAGUACAAGUCAAUCAAAUGUAAUCUUAUUUGCUUUGCUCUAGUUUUCUGUGGUUGUUUUUUGUCCUUAAAAUCAAAUGGAGCAUUCCCAAGUAAAUACUUGAUUGUCUUUUUAAGAUUUAUAUAUAUUUUUAUGUCCUGCCUUGAAGAGAUUUUAUGGAGCUGUACAUGGAGGAAGUUAUGAUGAUAUAUUAAGCAAAGAUACAUAAACUCUAAUAUUCAUAUUGACGUAUACAAUCAAAGAAACGUACAUAUUGUUUAAGUCAUAUAUUUAACAGUACAACUUUAUUUAAACUGCAUCCAGCCAUGUUUAUCAGCAGGUGACAGGUUUAAUGAACUUUAGUUUAUGUUAAUGUCACACGUCUCCUGCUGCUGGUCUUAUGCUGAUCUUCAGCUUAGGACCAUGCUGAAGAGGCUCUUCACACCUGAUCUCUGCUCCUGUUCGCCUGGGAUUUCUGUCUACAUUUUUGAUGUCAAGUUUUGUUUCAACACAAAUUAAAGACUAUUGACUGAGUUAUAUA